AUGAAGGAUUCGCUGGAUGUACUGACGGUUGGUACUGAGGUGUUACCGCCAGGAGGUACAGAUGUGGUGUUCCAGCUCGGAGAGACUCUGCUCGUUGACGCUGCUUCCUCCGAGGAUGAUGAACCUGGAAGUGAUAUCGUCGGGAACGGGACAAUGGAUCCGCUGGAGGUGCUGGAAGUCGGUAUCGAGGUAUUGCCACCUGAAGGCAGAGAAGUGGUGUUCCAACUUGGAGGCAAACUGCUCCCUGUUGUAGCCUCUGCUGAGGACGAGAGACUCGGUAAUGAUACCGUUGGAAAUGGCACAAAUGACCCACUCGAGGUGCUUAUAGUUGGUACCGAUACAUUGCCACCUGAUGGGAGGGAGGUACUAUUCCAACUUGGGCCCAGGCUGCUACCAGAAGUGAUAUCUGUUGAAGAGGGUUUCGCUGAAGUCGAAGCACUGAGUGUCGGCAACGAGUUGUUACCGCCAGGAGGAAGAGCGGUACUGUUCCAGCUCGGACCGACACUGCUCCCUGAACUUGGUCCGAAGCUACUCCCCGAGCUUCCUUGGCUUGGUAUUGACAAGGUUGGAAACGGAACGAAUGUGCCACUCGAGAUGCUGACUGUCGGUACCGAGCCAUUCCCUCUCGAUGUGGUACCAUUCCAACUUGGACCUACACUCCCACUUGAUGAACCGCCAGAGCCUGCAGAAACCGAGGCCGUUGGGAAUGGCACGAAAGUUUCGCUGAAGAUACUGACCGUAGGGACUGAGCCAUUACCCCCAGAAACGGAUGUAGUACCAUUCCACCCUGGACCGACGCUUCUACUUGGCGAAAGGCCAGAGCUCGCGGAUUCUGAAGCUGUUGGGAACGGCAUAGUGAUCGUUGGAAACGAACCAUUUCUUCCGUCAGAGGUGGUGUUCCAAUUUGGAGCCGCGCUGCCACUCGACGAACCCCCUGGGUUUGUGAGGUCUGAAGCUGUUGGGAAUGGGAUGAAACUUCCACUUGAGAGACUGACAGUUGGAAUCGAACGAUUCCCUGUAGGAGCCAAAGUCGUGUUCCAAGCUGGACCUACACUCCCACCUGUCAUCCCAGAACCAGUGGUCACAGACACUGUAGCGCCCGAAUCAGUAGGGAGAGGCCCUGUCCCAGAAAUAUUGCCGCUAGGGGCAGUAACACUCGAGCUCCACCCCGUCAAACGUGUACCACUCUGCACAGGACUCGACGUCGAGAUACCAGGAACCGACCACGGUAGCGAAUUGCUUGUAGUGCCAGAUCUUGUCACUCCAGAUGAAUGGGUCGAUGCUUGUGAUGUUACACUUUGGGUGCCAUUGCCAGACGGUGAAGUAGAUGCUUGGUCUUCGCUUGAGAAGGAUGCUGAGAAGGGACCUUGGGUAUCCCCUGGUGACUCUGUGGUGGUGUUCCAUGAAGCUGCUGAAUUUGAUCCUGUGAGGCUCUCGCUGACUGUUCCUGUAGUUGGAUUGCUACUGUUGGCGUACGAUGUCCUUGGAGUAUCUCCUGUCGUCUCUCUCACUGUCGUCUCCGCACCAGACGCUGCAGUCUGA